AUGUCGACAAAUACUUCCAAGACUUUAGAGCUGUUUUCCAGGAAAACGGUAGAAGAACACAACACUGCUAAGGAUUGCUGGGUUACUUACCAGAACAGAAAAAUUUAUGACGUGACCAAGUUCUUGGGCGAGCACCCUGGUGGUGACGAGUCCAUCUUGGAUUACGCAGGCAAGGAUGUUACUGAAAUCAUGAAAGACUCCGACGUGCAUGAACACAGUGAUUCCGCAUAUGAAAUCUUGGAGGACGAGUAUUUGAUAGGCUAUUUGGCUACGGACGAAGAGGCAACAAGGUUGUUGACCAACAAGAGCCAUAAAGUUGAAGUACAGCUGUCUGCUGACGGGAAGGAAUUCGACUCCACUACCUUUGUGAAGAACUUGCCCACAGAAGAGAAACUAAGUAUUGCCACUGAUUAUGGCAAUGACUACAAGAAGCACAAGUUUCUGGAUUUGAACCGUCCCUUGUUGAUGCAGAUUCUGCGUAGUGACUUCAAGAAGGAUUUCUACGUUGACCAAAUUCACAGACCAAGACAUUACGGUAAGGGGUCUGCGCCAUUAUUCGGCAAUUUUUUGGAGCCAUUAACUAAAACUGCUUGGUGGGUCGUCCCAUUACCUUGGUUGCCCGUCGUUGUGUACCAUAUGGGAGUCGCAUUGAAGAACAUGAACCAACUAUUUGCAUGUUUCCUAUUCUGUGUCGGUGUCUUUGUUUGGACCUUGAUUGAAUACGGACUUCACCGUUUCCUGUUUCAUUUCGAUGAUUGGUUACCUGAAAGUAACGUUGCAUUUGCUACUCAUUUUCUACUUCACGGUUGCCACCAUUAUUUGCCCAUGGACAAGUACCGUUUAGUUAUGCCACCUACUUUGUUUGUCAUACUUUGCGCACCAUUUUACAAGUUGGUGUUUGCUCUGUUGCCAUUGUAUUGGGCCUAUGCUGGGUUUGCUGGUGGUCUUUUCGGUUAUGUCUGUUACGACGAAUGUCAUUUCUUUUUACACCAUUCCAAACUGCCUCCGUUUAUGCGUAAGCUGAAAAAAUAUCACUUGGAACAUCAUUACAAGAACUACCAACUGGGCUUUGGUGUCACUUCUUGGUUUUGGGAUGAAGUAUUUGGCACCUAUUUGGGUCCCGAUGCUCCAUUGUCCAAAAUGAAGUAUGAGUAA